CCUGGAGAAAACAAGACAAGCUUUUAGUGCAGUCCUGUGAGCUCAGAACCUGGCUACAUCAGAUAUUGAAAUAUAUUGUAAGAAUUGAAAAAUCUCUAAGAAGGCACGCAGCAUAAUACAUAGAAUCAACGUUAUCAAAGAUUUAAAAAAGGAAAGCAAAACUAUAGUAUCAUUUAAAAAUAAUCUGGAAAUGGCAAACCAUAGAGUGUUUGUUUGCAGAUUCUAAAUUUCAUACAAGUGAAGGCGAGCCUGCAAUUUGGAGUGAAAACAUGGUGCAUAUUCCAGAUGAUGCAGAUUUUAACUCUUUUCGGGAGCUGUGCGAGAAUCCCGAUGGCUGGCAAUGUCAGUACGAUAAAGGAGGGACGACUGUAUGGAGUCAGGAGCAGGACAGCAUCAAGGCUGUAAAGAAACUCAAGAUGCGUAUAGUUUGCAAAGAUGUAUCAGCUGAAGUCCUUUAUGAUGUACUCCAUGAUACCAGCUAUCGCAAAAAAUGGGAUUCCAACAUGAUAGAGACCUAUGACAUUGGAAGGCUAACCGUUAAUGCAGAUGUUGGAUACUACUCCUGGAAGUGCCCAAGUCCACUUAAAAACAGAGAUUUUGUUACACUGCGGUCUUGGCUACCUCUUGGCAGUGACUAUAUGAUAAUCAAUUAUUCUGUGAAGCACCCGAAACACCCUGCUCGCAAAGACUAUGUGAGAGCAGUUUCCUUGCAGACUGGAUAUUUUGUUAAAGCCAAUGGGGCCAAUAGCUGUGUCCUCUACUAUCUGACGCAGGUGGAUCCAAAAGGCUCCUUACCAAAGUGGGUGGUAAACAAAGUUUCACAGUUUGUAGCCCCAAAGGCCAUGAAGAAGAUCUACAAAGCUGGGCUAAAGUAUCCUGAAUGGAAACGGAAACAUGAACCAGAUUUUAAGCCCUGGGUCUAUCCAGAGCAAAAUACGCUACCUAGUGUUAAUUUGGAAGACUUGUCCAUUCAGCGAGCUGAUGAAUUGGAAAAUAUAGAUGAGAGUGGUGUUUCUGAACAUAUCAGUGAAGAUGAAGAUGGUUUGUCGAAAGAUUCUUAAGAUUGUUAUCCUUGAGGGUCACUUAAAUAAUGUUUAAUCCCAUAUUUUAUUUAGUUUGAACAUCUAAUUUACUUUACAGUUACAAAUCUAAUUUUACCUUGUUUGCCAUUGUUUUGACCUACCCUGUUCUAUUAACUCCUGACCUAAAUCCUGCACAUGCUUUACUGCAGAGAAUAUUUCUGACAAUUUUCUACAAAAUAACCAUAUUUUACAUAUUGUAGUGACCACUUUG